UUAUCUCGCUUUGCCUUCAAACAGGGCUCCAGUGUCGCGUUCCAAGGACAUCCCCCUGUUGCGUCCAGCUCCACCUCGCUGUCCCCAGCUAGGGAGCCGCGCUGGAAAGCCGGGGGCGCUGCGCCCUGCACGGGUAACUGAGAACCCAGUCCUGAAAACGGUCCUACCUGCGCCUAGCCAGGCAGGAAGACCGGAACCGUGGGGACUCCACCUGCCCACCUGAGCAAUAUGAAGAUAUCAUUCAUCGAGCCCGCCAUUCUCCUAAACGCGUUUGCUAUGACCCUGACCAUCCCGCUGACCGCGCAGUACGUGUACCGGAGGAUCUGGGAAGAAACCGGUAACUACACCUUUGCUUCCGGUAGCAAUGUCUCUGAAUGCGCGCAAAACAAGAGCGACCCGAUCUUUGCAUUCCGGGAGGAAGUCCAGAAAAAGGCUUCUCUCUUCAGCCUGCAGGUGGAAAUGAGCGGGUUAAUUCCUGCUCUGGUGUCCACCUUCCUGCUUUUGUCCAGCAGCGACAGCCAUGGACGGAAACUCCCCAUGGUUCUGUCCUCUCUUGGCUCUCUAGGAACCAACAUUUGGCUGUGUGUGCUGUCCUACUUCAAGCUUCCACUCCAGCUUCUGAUGGCAUCCACCUUCAUGGGUGCCCUCUUCGGGAAUUACACCACGUUUUGGGGCGCUUGCUUUGCCUACAUUGUGGAUCAGUGUAAAGAAUACAAGCAGAAAAUCAUUCGAAUAGCCAUCCUGGAUUUUAUGCUUGGAGUCGUUACUGGGCUAACGGGUCUGUUAUCUGGCUAUUUUAUCCAAGAACUGGGUUUUGUGUGGUCCUAUUUCAUCAUUGCCGUAGUUCUUACGGUCAACCUGACCUACAUCGCAUUUUUCCUCAGUGAUCCCAUAAGGGAGUCUUCAUCUCAGAUUGUCACUAUGUCCUGUAGGGAAAGCCUCAAGGAUCUAUUUUACCGGACUUACAUGCUUUUUAAAAAUGGCUCCAGUAAGCGACGAUCUUUGCUCUGUCUGCUGAUUUUUACCAUUGUCAUUUAUUUUUUUGUGAUAAUUGGCAUUUUCCCGAUUUUUACGCUUUAUGAGCUGGGCUCUCCACUCUGCUGGGAUGAGGUUUAUAUAGGCUACGGUACAGCUUUGGGCAGUCUCUCCUUUUUGAGUAGUUUCCUCGGCAUAUGGCUUUUUUCCUACUGCUUGAAGGAUCUUCACAUCACCUUUAUUGGCAUUCUUACCACCAUGGUGGGAAUGAUCCUAGCUGCUUUCACGAGGACCACUCUCAUGAUGUUUUUAGUCAGGAUCCCAUUCUUUUUCACCUUCAUGCCGCUCUCUGUCCUGAGGUCCAUGCUGUCAAAGGUGGUCCACUCGACUGAACAAGGUGCGUUGUUCGCUUGCAUAGCUUUCCUAGAAACACUGGGUGGAGUCGCCUCGACCUCGGCUUACAACGGUAUUUAUUCAGCCACUGUCGCUUGGUACCCUGGCUUCAUUUUUCUGCUGUCUGCCGGCCUCCUCAUCCUCCCAGUCAUCAGUCUAUGGGCUGUCAAGUGCAUUGGCUGGGAAGAGGGAAGCUACACAAUGUUCGUCCCGGAAGAGCCUUGUGAGCACUCGUCAGACUGAGGACAUUCAGCAGUAAUGCACAGGUCACAUCCAGGACGCCAGAAGAACACACAGCCCACAACCAGUAUUUCAUUCGCAAUCUGUGUCAAAAGGUCCUUUUUCCUAAAUGGAGUGAGCUGUAAGGCGGCAGCGCCUGGCUCUGCUGCUUCUGGGGCCACCUAUCACCCCGUGUUCUUCAGUACAGCCAAGACCAGCCCCAGCGCCUCCUUACCUCUCCUUUGACCAGAGAAAGUGGAGUGCAGAGGAGGGCUUGGGAAACUGCAAUAAGACUUGAAUCAAUAAUCUAACUGACAUGCUCCAGCCUCUCAUGUGGAAACCAAGGAGUCCCAACCCCAGUCCAUCUGCACAGUGGGCUUCUGACUGCUCAGGGAUUUUGAAGACAUUUUAUGCUGAAUAAUCACUGAUAUGAAAAUAACGUUCCAGGCAAUAAUAAUUCUUUCUAUACUUGACUGACGCUGGAAGAUCCUAUCAAGGCUCUAUUGAUGGAUGCAAAAAUCCUUGAAGAGAAGCACUUUUUAAAAUAUGCAUUUUUCACUUUUCCUAAUGUUUUAAUUCAGUGACAAGCUUGGUUUUUAUAUGUAAUAGGGAGUGAGUACAAAUUCAUAUUAUAAAGAAAACUAUCUUAAAUUUUAAAACUGAGCAGGCAGCUCACUGUGUAUAAGGUCAGUCUUACCUUGCAGUCUGCUCUCGCUCCCUGGCUGGGUAGAAGGCUGUCAUGGCCCACAAACCCGGGCUGGCUUUCCCACCUCUCACUGUUCUUACUUCCUCUAGCUCAGGCUCCACACUGUGCUGAGAAGGAUGCUUCUAAAACACAGAUCUUUUCUUUUCCAGCUAGAAUCCUUCAGCAACUGUUGCUCAUUAGGCAAUUAGGCAAGCAUGUGACCACAGCCUGAUCCCGCCCCAUCCCGUGUCACACCACAUUACACCCACGCUUAUUUCCACCCUCGAUCCCCAAACACCGUGUCUCCUUUUGACAUUAAGUUACAGCUUUAAUGGUCUAUGAAGUUCAUCUGUCCUUCCUCUCCUGUUUCAUUAAAACUGCCAUGUGUCAGCCAAAACAUUGUUUUCCCAGUGCAGCCAGGGUUCUUGACAUUUAUCACCCAUCCCUCAAUCUCUGCAGGUUUUCCACAGCCCUUUGUAUAAACAAGGAUUCCAUCUAGGGGCUGGAGAGAUGGCUCAGAGGUUAAGAGCACUGCCUGCUCUUCCAGAGGUCCUGAGUUCAACUCCCAGCACCCACAUGGUGGCUCACAACCAUCUCUAGUGGGAUCUGAUGCCCUCUUCUGGCAUAAAGUUGUAAAUGCAGAUAAAGCACUCAUAAACAUAAAUAAUAAAAAAAAAUUUUUAAAGGAAUUUCAUCUAGCAUUUUCCGCUGGAUUUUUUUAAACAUUUAUUUUUAUGUGUAUGAAUGCUUGCACAGUAUGUCCCUGCACCACGUGCACGCAGUGCCCACAGAGUCCAGAAGAGGGCGCUGUGCCCCCUGGAACUGGAGUUACAGAUGCUUGUGAGCCAUCAUGUGGGUGCUAGGACUGAACCCAGGUCCUCUGCAAAAGCAGUCAGUGCUCUAACCAUCUCUCCAGCCCAAGAUUCUAUUUGUUCCCCCCACAGGUCUUCUUGAGGACAGGGACAGUCUUUGCUCACGACAUGCUCAGUAAAUGUUGCGCAACUGAAUUUGAUGACCACAAUUCCUUUUAUUCGUAAGAACUGUUCAAAGUUACAGCUUUAAUGGUCUAUGAAGUCACCACUCCCUACGGUUACUAAGCUAAACCUGCAAACAAACUGAAAAGUGUUGGGCUGUGCACCUUUCAAGUUGAUUAUCUUGUUUCCAUGGGUUACUCAACACCUUCCAUUUUUUCUUUUCUUUUCCUGUGUGUGCAGGUGUGUGUGUACGUGUUUGUGCCUGUGGAGGCCAUGAGAUAACUAUGGCUGUUGUUCCUCAGUCACCACCCACUCUGGUGUCUUGAGAAUUGUCUGUCUGUGUCCUCUCUAAGGAGCCUGGGCUGGCUGGCCAGUGAGUCUCCACCUCCCCAGAGCUGGGACUCCAAGUCACACUGCCGGGCUCCCUUUUAAUGAGUUCUGAGGGACUGAACUCAGGGCUUCUUGUUGGCAAGGCAAGCACUGUUACUGACUGAGCUGUCCCAGCCCCUUUACCAUAUUUUGCUUUUCUCUCUCUGUCUCUCUCUGUCUCUCUCUCUCUCUCUCUCUCUCUCUCUCUCUCUCUCUCUCUCUCUCUCUCUCUCUCAAAUUUAACUUCUUUAUUGAUUCUUUGGGAGUUUCACAUCAUGCACCCCAAUUCCACUCACCUACCUGUAACACAAAUUCUAAUUGGUCUUUAUAAUAAAAACCCAGAGUCAGAUCUCAGGGUGAAAGCUGAAAGAACAGAGCAGCCAGCCACUAGAGAGACUUCUUACCUCCAGGAAUCCUCUGACAGAAAGGGGCUGAGCUCCUGUCUCUACCCUGCCUUAUCACUUCCUCUCUCCACUCAGCUCUAUCACUUCUGUUUCCUCCUCCCAAGUGCUUUGAUUGAAGGUGUGUGCCACCACUGCCUGGCCUCUAGUGGCUAGCUCCGCACUCUGAUCUCCAGGCAAGCUUUAUUUGUUAGAGCACAAACAAAAUAUCACCAUAUUCCCCCUUUUUGUAUAAAAUAAAAAGAAUGUAAUAAUUCAUACAAGAAAAACUAUAUACAAUAAGUACAAUAACUUUAUAAUAUAUACAAGCAAUAAUUACAUUAACAAUGUCUAGUCCAUUAACAAUUGACAAAUUCAGAGAAAAUAUUCCACAUCUAUCCUAUCUUGAUGAGUCCAAAAGUUUGUACCUAAUUUACUUUCUAUUCUAAUUUUCAGUACCAAAACUAUCUUUUAAUGUCUCUCAACCUUAUAUACUUUAUACCUCUUUAGUUAAUUUCUUUUCUGAAUCUGGUAACAAGGAAAACUAUAACUAUAAAGUCUUCAAUUCCAUCAGAGACCCGAAAAGGAAAUAAUACUACCCGAGUAAGCAGGAAGUGCAAGCAAGCAACUUCUAAAACAUGUGAGAAAUGACAGAAACAGCUGGCUGCCUGAAUAGUCACCCAAGUUUCCUCUGUAACAUUGGGGCAUCCAUCUUCAGCCCAAUGGCCUAGCAUAUCUGACAGACUCAUCUGUGAAUCAGGAUAUUCUAAAGGACUCUCCUACCUUGUCUUGGCAAAGUUCAACAGCCACUUUCUUUUGUGUCGUGCUUGUCCAGUUUGAACGCACACUGUCAGCACCUCCCAGUCCCCCCAUAGCCUCCCUUCACCCCUGCAGCGCAGCCUCACAAAAGAAAACAAAACAAAGCAAGCAAAACGAAAACAAGAACAAACUAAACAACAGUAACAAAAAGCCUCUUCUCUUUUUCUUCUCCAACACCUCCUUAUUCGCCCUGGUCCUCUACCACAUUUCAGAGUUGUGCAUAAUGACACAGAUGCCAUGAUGUUUCCUGUAACUGAGGAAAAGCACUUUAUGGUUUACAAAGUCCACUCUACCAACCUGUUAUAUUCUUAGUCAUUUCCCGCACGUGACAGAGGAGGACAUUUGGAUGGACUGUGAUCCUUCUACAACAGCAGUCUAUGCAGACGGACUGGACACUAAGAUGAAACGCUAAGAAGUGUCGUCACUGCUUGGGUGUGCAUGCUUGUAUCCAAAAGCAAGAACUGCACAAUGAGCAGCGGGAAGAGCCUAUGAAAACCGCAUCAGCGGGGAUGGGGGUGUGCCCAGUGGCAGGGCACUUGCCUACUGGGUGCAAGGCCCUGUAUUGGAUCCCAACACUGCAAAUGGGCAAAAAUGCGUCCGCCCAACCUUAGCUGUCCUCACCUGAGCAGUCAGUCCACAGUGACUACCUGUUCUCAGGUUCCUCGUGGCUUUACCCAGCAGGUCCGCAUAGAGGAUGAUUAGACCACGGGCCUGAGUGCAGGUGUCUGGGAUGGUCUGCACUUGGCUGUGCUGGGGGAGGAGGUCUUUUGCUCCACCCCUUGGCGUCUCUAUAACCCUGGGGCAGAGACAGUCAGGGCCCGUUGGAAAAGGUUCCAGGCCCUCUCGAGGCUAUCCUUUAUUUUCUAUCUGUUUAUCUCCGCGAUAUUCUCCGCAAUAAAUCCUUCUAUCUAAUAUUUCCUGCUGCUCGCACUCAAGAAAACUCUGGGGAACUGUGGGGGUGGUUGGGUAAAUGCCCCACAGUUCUCAAGACUAGACAUGAUUUUAAGUCACAACUCUCAUUUUUAUUUCUUAAAAUUUAUUAUUUUAUGUGCAUUGGCUUUUGCCUGCAUGUAUGUAUAUGUCUGUGUGAGGGUGUCAGGUCCCCAGAACUGGAGUUAAGAGUUUUGAGUUGCCAUGUGGUGCUGGGAACUGAACCCAGGUCCUCUGGAAUCGCAGCCAGUUCUCUUAACCACUGAGCCAGUGUUCCAGCCCUCUGCAGGAUGAUCUUAAUAUAGCUAAGGGUCAAUAGAUAGCUUCUUGGAUGAGCAGAAACCUACUUUGAGUGUAGUGUUUUGAGGGACUCGACUGCUAGUCCAGGGUCAAAAAUAGAUCAUGAGUAAAUGCAGCCACCUCCAACAUGUCUGUCUGAAGAGGCAUUAAAUAUGAUGCUGAGGUUAGAGAGAUACAAAGUUGAUGGAAUGGGGGGAUAUACUCAGAUGGAAAUGAAGUUCUCAGUGAAAGUAGAUGAGUUGGGGUAGCGGGUGUUAAUGGAGCUGGGAAACAUGAGAGAGACAAAUAUGUUUUCUCCCAUGUAUAGACUCUAGAUUUACAUGUAAAAAAGAUGAAGUAUUUGAAUGUAGGCAGGGAGAGGAGAGGGCAAGACAAGAAUAUGAAGGACAUUGAAACACUGGUCAAACCUACCAUCUUAAAACAUGUCAAUACAUAAAUAGUACAAAUUUUACAAGGAGCUGGGUGGUGGUGGAGCAUGCCUUUAAUCCUAGCACUCAAGAGGCAGAGGCAGGUGGAUCUCUGUGAGUUCGAGGCCAGUCUGGGCUACAGAGUGAGUUCUAGGACAGCCAGGGCUAUGCAGAGAAACCCUGUCUCAAAAAACAGGAGCUGAAGAGAUGGCUCAGCAGUUAAGAGGACCUGGGUUCAAUUCCCAGUACCCUAUGUUCACAACCCUAUGGUCAUAACCAUCUGUAACUUGGUGCAGGGGAUCCAUCACUUUCUUCUGGCCUCCUCAGGUACUGCACACACAUGGUGCACAUACACACAUACAGGCAAACACUCAUACAUAUCAAAGGAAGAAAACACUCCUUUGGUUCAGCAGUAUAGAAAAAGGUGGGUUGUCUCACAUCUCCUGAAUAGGCUCUUGUCUUCGGAAAGGAACAUUUGUUUCCAGGCUAUGACACUCACUCACAUAAUUGUACAACCACCCAUGACCUUCUUCACAAUCUUUUCAUCCAUCUCUCUACAGCACCAUUUUAGCUCAAUGGCUUGUUACCUAUAGUCAAAGUUCAAAAAUAUGAAUGUCUUGCCUUGAGACCCAGUUACAAGAUUUUAUUCCAAGAUAUUGCAGCCAUUGCUUUAGUUUAUUACCAUCUGUUAGCUGUAACAGCUAUUGCUGUUGACCUUUUACUUUGUAAAUUAAUUAUCAACUAAUGUACUUUGUAAAUUAAUAAUAAUCUUUAAUUUGUAAAUUAAUUAUCACAGGCAUAGUUUUUGGGGAAAAACAGAGUUAGGUAAUGUCCUCAGUUUCAGACAUCCACUAGAGGUCCUGGAAUGGGUCUCCAUGGACCAAGGGACUGAUGGAUCAUUAAAUGAUGAGCUUGAUAACAACGGUAGAUAGAGCCUUGGGCUCAGUGUUCU